CGGGAGUGUCCCUGCGUGGGGCUGGCGGUGCGGAGUUGAGGCAGUGAAGGAAUCCAGCCUGCCAGCCGGCCCAGCGGCCCAGCCGCUGCUCUCCCUCCGCUCACCCUCCGCGCCGCAGGGGCCGCCAGCGCCGCGCCCCGGCCCGGGACAGAGCAGCCGCGCUCGCACCGAGGAGACUUCGGAAUCCAGGCUGCUUUCAGGAACAUCUCUGUGGAUUCUCUAGGUCCUGUGGUCAGAGCUGAAAGCCCUGGUUAGUCCCGCUGCAAGUACAUGGCUGGAACACAGGAAACCGGAGCUUCGGCGAGCAAGGCUUAUACCCCUAGAAGGAAGAUGGCUGAACUCAACACUCAUGUGAAUGUCAAAGAGAAGAUCUAUGCAGUUAGAUCAGUUGUUCCGAACAAAAGCAAUAAUGAAAUUGUCCUGGUGCUCCAACAGUUUGAUUUUAAUGUGGAUAAAGCUGUUCAAGCCUUUGUGGAUGGCAGUGCUAUUCAAGUUCUUAAAGAAUGGAACAUGACAGGAAAAAAGAAGAAUAAUAAAAGGAAAAGAAGCAAAUCCAAGCAGCAUCAAGGCAACAAAGAUGCUAAGGACAAGGUGGAGAGGCCAGAGGUGGGGCCCCUGCAGCCCCAGACACCACUGGUACAAAAUGGUCACAUGAACGGCUGUGAAAAGGACAGCUCAUCCCCUGACUCUGCCAGAGAAAAACUGGCCCUCACACCACGUGAGAAAAAGAUCUCAAUACUGGAGGAACCACCGAGGGCUCAGCGUGGGAUCACAGAAGGCAGCAGACUACUGCAGCAGAAAAUGUCCUUAGAUGGGAACCCCAAAGCUAUUCAUGGACCAUCAGAGAGGUCAGAUGGCCUACAGUGGUCAGCUGGGCAGCCUUGUAACCCAAGCAAGCCUAAGGCAAAAACAUCUCCUGUUAAGUCCAAUGUCCCCGCAGCUCAUCUCGAAAUAAAGCCAGAUGAGCUGGCAAAGAAAAGAGGCCCAAAUAUUGAGAAGUCGGUGAAGGAUCUGCAGCGCUGCACUGUCUCUCUAACGAGAUACCGCGUUAUGAUCAAGGAGGAAGUGGACAGUUCCGUGAAGAAGAUCAAAGCAGCCUUUGCUGAGCUACACAACUGCAUCAUUGACAAAGAAGUCUCACUGAUGGCAGAGAUGGAUAAAGUUAAAGAAGAAGCCAUGGACAUCCUGACUGCCCGUCAGAAGAAAGCAGAGGAGCUGAAGAGACUGACUGAUUUAGCCAGUCAAAUGGCAGAGAUGCAGCUGGCUGAACUCAGAGCCGAAAUCAAGCACUUUGUCAGUGAACGCAAAUACGAUGAAGAGCUGGGGAAGGCUGCCCGCUUCUCCUGUGACAUUGAACAGCUGAAAGCCCAAAUCCUGAUCUGUGGAGAAAUCACACAUCCAAAGAACAACUAUUCCUCAAGAACCCCCUGCAGCUCCCUGCUGCCUCUGCUGAACACUCAUGGGGUAGCUUCCGGGAAACAGGGGAAUUUUGCCCGGAAGUCAUCUGGUCACAACAAGCCUUCUGAGGGAAAAGCAGCGAACCCCAAAAUGGUGAGCGGUCUUCCCAGCACUGCCGAUGCGUGUCACCAGACCAUGCCCACUAACAAGCAGCAGAAUGGACCUUCCAGCCAAAGACGAAGAUAUAAUCCACAGUAUCACAACAGGCUAAAUGGUCCAGCCAAGUCCCAGGGCGGUGGUAAUGAAGCUGAUCCCAUGGUGAAAAGCAACAACCGACAUGAACACAGAAGACAGCCACAUAACGGUUUCCGUCCCAAAAACAAAGGUGGUGCCAAAAACCAAGAGGCUCCCAUGGGGACAAAGGCUCCAGAGGCCCCACCACAUUCUGAAAAGGCCCGUCGAAGGCAGCACGCUGCAGACAACUUAGAGGCCAGGCCUUUCCGGGGUAAUGUCGGUAGGGUUUCACAGUGCAAUCUUUGUCCCACUAGAAUAGAAGUUUCCACAGAGGCCACGGUUCUCUCCGUCCCAGCUGUGACGUUGGUGGCCUGAGCUGGGAAAGAAGAGAGCAGGUUUUGCCUGGUCGUGGUUCCCUGCCCAAGGUGCUGACCCAAUCGCUGCCAAAAGAGAGUCAAUCAGAAUAUACAAGUCCCGUAUGUUUGUGUCAUCCUCUCGCAGUCAUUUUUACUAAUCCUAUUACUCUGCUCUAGCUUGCUUCAGAACGCCCAUGGCUUUGCUUGAUCUGUUGUUGCUUCUCCUCAUCAAGACUUUGCAUCAUGUUAGCCAGCCAGUAUUUACCCAUUGUUAGGAAAAGCAGUCAGGAUGUGGCUGAAGAUCAGAGGCUCAGUCAGUAACCUGUGUUGUAGCUGUGUGGUCAAUCCAUUGGCUGUCCUUAGAGAGUUAAUGUUGAAACAGGAAAUUCUUGAUCAGACAAACGUGAUCUGCUGAAGACACAUGUGCUUUUGUAGAAUUUAACAUCUGGUGUUUUUCUGAAAUAUAUAUAGAUAUAUAUAUAAACAUAUAUUGCUUUAUUUGAAACAAAUUAAAAUAUGCUGCAUUUGACACCUG